AUGUUCGUUGAAUCUACCAUAUCCUAUGCACUCUACAACCGCUUCAUCCACCCGCUUCGCCGUAUCAACGGCCCCUUCCUCGCAUCUAUCACUCCCUGGGUCCAACUCUACCAUGGCCUAAAAGGCGACCGCCAUCUCUGGCUACAUGAGCUGCACAAGCAGUACGGGACACAUGUGCGUGUCGCACCGAAUUUCAUCUCCAUCAACUCGGACCGUGGACUGCAUGAUAUUUACGGGCACGGGAAACGCCUCCAGAAGGCUAAGUUCUACAAUGCGUUCCCUGCUAUCAAGGGCGUAUAUAACACGCAUAAUGCUAUUGAUAAGACCAUGCAUGGGCGCAAGAGAAGAGUGCUUAGCCAGGCCUUCUCGGAAAACGCCCUCAAGGGUAUGGAGGAUGUGAUGCUCCUCCAUGUGCGUCAACUGUGCGCCGUGCUGGCUGGGUAUGAUGGCAACUUCGAUUCGCAUGAUCAGAAGGGCAAUGUUAAGAAUAUGGGUGAUUGGUUCAGUUAUCUCUCUUAUGAUGUGAUGGGGGAGCUUUGCUUCGGCAAGAGCUUCGAUAUGCUUAUCUCGGAGAGUCUGAGAUACAAAGUUGGUCUUGUGGAUCGUGCUGCGAACAGACAUUAUGUGUGUGGACUCUGGAUGCCUUUGGACACAUGGGGUCUGGACCAGAUCUUCAUUCGCAAGUUGACCCGUGACCGGUGGAACUUCAUUAUGAACUCGCGUGUUGAGGCCAACGAGCGCGCUAAGGAGCGUACCCAGAUUGGCCGUGACGCCAAAAAGGACUUCUUCUAUUACCUGUUGAAUGCAAAGGACCCGGAGACUGGAAAUGGUCUCACCACGCCUGAGCUGUGGGGCGAGUCGAAUGUCCUCAUGAUUGCUGGCAGUGAUACUACCUCGACCACCCUGGCAGCGACACUGUUCUACCUUGUUCGGCGACCGGAUGCACUGGCGAAGCUAUGCGCCGAGGUGCGCGGCGCUUUCAAAGAGGUCGAAGAGAUCGUGACCAGCAGCCAGCUCGGCGAAUUGGUGUACCUCAAAGCAUGCAUUGAUGAAGCCCUGCGUCUGGCCCCGGCCGUGCCAGGUGCAAUUCCUCGCGAAGUGAUGGAAGGCGGUGCUAUAAUCGAUGGCGUUUUCCUACCUGCCGGGACAGACUGUGGUACCCCGACAUACUCCAUCCACCGCCAGGAGCGAUACUACCGGGAAGCCGGGACCUACGUGCCUGAGCGUUGGAUCGAGGGUGCGACCUGCGUGGCGGCUGGGACGUCGUGGCAGACAACCAAAGAGAGCAUUGAGACUGCGCGACACGCAUUCUGUCCGUUCAGCAUUGGGCCUCGUGGAUGUAUUGGCAAGAGCAUGGCGUUCAUGGAAAUGCGAUUAACGCUAGCGCGACUAGCUUUCCUCUUUGAUAUGUCGUUCGCAGAUCAUCAAGGUGAAGAUGCGGGGGGCCAUCUGGCGCUGACCGAUCAUUUCACCAGCGCGAAGAGCGGACCAAAUGUUGUUUUUCGACGCAAGUAA